AUGCAUGCCGAAGGUGGUUUGGCUGUCUGCAUUUUUUCCAAAACUGAAGCCGGCAAUGCAGACAAAAUCGUCAAGGACCGAGCGAAGACAUUGUAUCAGCUCUGUGGCCUGCGGGUGGCCCACUUGACCUCAAGUAAGUUGAUCGCCAGAUGCCUGGAAGCCAAGUUUGUCAUAUUCGUGGCGACGUCGAAAGAAGCAGAAGAGGGGCUCAUAUACCAUGCUUCGGAGAGCCACAGCUGUUUGGAUGUGGGCGCUUUCUUGAGCAGACUGCUCGGGAGUUAUGUUGGCGGGCCCAGCUGGCUUGACGAAUGCGUCCGACGUGGCCGACUCUUGCAACCAUUGCUCCAGCUGGCUCCAGCAAUGAAAUCUGAACGACAGGUCGGCUUCGAUGAUUCAUUGCCUCAACAGGCUGCUAUGCUCAAGGUUCUGGCUGCUCUGGAAUCACAUACUAAUUAUUGGAUUUCGCCGCUGGGUCAUUCGAUCUGA